AUGGCUUUGAGGGAGGGAGAACUCAGUGUGUGCAGUCCCAAGAUCCCUUCUAAUGUGGCAUUUUUUGUGUGUACAAAGGCCCUUGAUAACAUUUUAACAGUGUAUACUGGAUCAUCCUAUAGCAGGGAGAUGUGCCAUCCUAAUAGAGUAUUGUGUGAUUUAGUUCUUGAUCCGACUCAUGUUACUCUCUACAGUCAGCAAAGAGUGUUUGCAGUUCAAGUAUUUGAGUUGCAUAGACUGAUAAAGGUCCAACAACUGAUUGCUGAAUCACCGAAUCUUUUGCUUGAAGAUGGUACUUUUCUGGGCAAAGCUUCAUUGACGGUUACUCCUGCAAAGAAACUUCCGCUCAAGUAUGUUUUAAAACCGCCAUCGCACAUUGUUAAGGGCAAAGACAAUUCCGAGAAUCCAAACCAUAAAAUGGAAUUUUCUGCAGAAAAUGCGGUUGGGAAGACAUGUCUUUCUUCUGUGAAAAAUGGUAGUCAGCCGUCAAAUUAUGGGCCUUAUCCAGGACACUUGCAGCCAGCAACUAUGGCUACUGGUAAUAAUAUGGGUCCUUGGUCUUUCCAUCAGUCACCUGGGCAUCAAUGGUUAAUUCCUGUAGUGUCUCCCUCUGAAGGACUUAUAUACAAGCCCUAUCCUGGACCUGGGUAUAUGGGAACAGUUUGUGGAGGAGCUGGACCUUUCAGCCCAGCUCCCUUGACAGGUAACUUUAUGAAUCCAGCCUAUGGGGUUCCAGCUUCUCCUCAUCAUCAAGGAAUCGGGAAUCUUCCUGGUACUACUCCACUCGGUCAUUCUUACCUUCCUCUAUAUGAUAUGGUUCACUCACCAGGAUGA